AGUAAAAUAGAAAAGGAGCGGGGCUGGCUACACGUGCGGACUGAACAUGAGCUACAUGCCCCCGCAGACCGGGAGGCCUGGGAAAGGACAUUAUCGUUUCACACAGUGUGCGGUUCUGCUGAGCUUGGACGCUUAAAGACCCCCCGGGAUAGGAGCAGCUACCACGGCUGCUGGAAGGAAUCUGGGCCGCUAGCUCAACGGAGGACGCGCAGAAAGUUCUGGAUCUGGGUUGUGGGUCAGCGUGUGUGCUCCUUCCCUCAGUCCCCGUUAAGGUGGUCUCCUUUUUGACUCUGCUCGGAGGUCUGGACCAUGGCGGACUACCUGAUCAGCGGGCAGACCAGCUACGUCCCGGAGGACGGGCUAACGGGACAGCAGCUGUUCAACGGGGGAGACGGCCUAACAUACAACGACUUCCUGAUUUUACCUGGCUACAUUGACUUUACGGCCGACCAAGUGGACUUGACAUCAGCUCUCACCAAACGGAUCACCAUGAAGACCCCGUUAGUGUCCUCCCCCAUGGACACGGUGACGGAGGCCAACAUGGCUAUUGCUAUGGCGUUGACAGGGGGCAUCGGCUUCAUCCACCACAACUGUACUCCAGAGUUUCAGGCUAAUGAAGUUCGCAAAGUCAAGCGGUACGAGCAGGGCUUCAUUACGGACCCUGUGGUGAUGAGUCCCAAUGAGCGGGUGUCGGACGUCUUCCAGGCCAAGGCGCGCCACGGCUUCUGUGGCAUCCCCAUCACAGACAACGGCAAAAUGGGCGGCAAGCUAGUGGGCAUCAUCUCUUCCAGAGAUAUCGAUUUCCUGAAGGAGGAGGACCACCACUUGCCACUAAGUGAGGUGAUGACCAAGCGAGAGGAUCUAGUGGUGGCCCCCGCUGGAGUGACACUGAAAGAAGCAAAUGAAAUCCUCCAGAGGAGCAAGAAAGGUGACCAAUGUGCCGCUUGUUUGCAUUUAGUCUCAGUAAAAUCAAACAGAGUUUGCAGGGUUGUUUUUUUUCCUCCUGCAGGUAAACUUCCCAUAGUGAAUGAGGAGGGUUCCCUGGUGGCCAUUAUUGCACGGACAGACCUGAAGAAGAACCGGGACUUCCCUCUGGCCUCCAAGGACUCACGGAAACAGCUGCUGUGUGGCGCCGCCAUCGGGACUCACAACGACGACAAGUACAGGCUGGACCUGCUGGUUCAGAGUGGGGUGGAUGUGGUGGUGCUGGACUCGUCUCAGGGCAACUCCAUCUUCCAGAUCAACAUGAUCAAAUAUAUUAAAGAAAAGUACCCCAGCUUACAAGUUAUUGGAGGCAACGUGGUGACAGCAGCCCAGGCCAAGAACCUGAUCGACGCAGGCGUGGAUGCACUGAGGGUGGGGAUGGGCAGCGGCUCCAUCUGCAUCACACAGGAAGUGCUGGCGUGCGGCAGGCCCCAGGCCACGGCUGUCUAUAAAGUUUCUGAGUACGCCAGACGUUUUGGUGUACCCGUCAUAGCCGACGGUGGCAUCCAGACUGUCGGGCACGUCGCCAAGGCCUUGGCUCUGGGAGCAUCGACGGUGAUGAUGGGUUCUCUGCUGGCCGCCACCAGUGAAGCUCCUGGUGAAUAUUUCUUCUCUGACGGGAUCCGGCUGAAGAAAUACCGUGGCAUGGGCUCUCUGGACGCCAUGGACAAAAACCUCGGCUCUCAGAACAGAUACUUCAGCGAGAGCGACAAGAUUAAAGUUGCUCAAGGCGUCUCUGGAGCUGUGCAGGACAAAGGCUCCAUCCACAAGUUCGUGCCCUACCUGCUGGCUGGCGUUCAGCACUCCUGUCAAGACAUCGGUGCCAAAAGCCUAACCCAGCUCAGAGCCCUGAUGUACUCCGGAGAUCUGAAAUUUGAAAAGAGAACAUCAUCAGCUCAGAUAGAGGGCGGAGUCCACAGUCUGCACAGUUACGAAAAACGUCUCUUUUGAGAAAAGGUGGAGAAUCGGCCCAGUGGGUGACACUACGACUCCUCCCAGGACCUGCUGGGGCUCCCGUUCUCCACGCAGCCGACCUCUGAUUCAGAUCAGACUACAUCAGAUCUCUUCCAGAGAUCCAUCCGUCUUCCUUCCACUGUCAUCGAUGCAUUGUUGUUGUUUUUUUUAGGGGUGUGUGUGUGUGUGUGUUUGUGAUGGAAAAGGUUGAGGAAUGAUUUAUCAAUCAGUGCAUGUAUGAUUGAGUUGAAUGGGGAUGGGAAGUUCAGUCCUGUUGUACUAAAAUGUCUUCAUGUUUGUUCAUUUUAAAGCAGAAAAACUGAUUAAAGACUUCCGUGUUUUUACACAUUAGCCUGUUUUGAUGAGUUUAAAACAUGUCUUGAACCUGUAAAAGAUCAAAAUUAA